AUGGCUGAGGAGGAGGCGCCUCGGCGGUCCCGGGCCGCCGGCGGCCGCGCGAGCUGGGAACUUUGCGCCGGGGCGCUCCGGGCGGCGGCGGGGGCCGGGCGGGCCGGCGGGCGCCGCCGCCGCCCCCCGGCCGACCCCGGGCGCUUGGCGCGCUGGCUGCUGCUGCUGCUCGGGCUGCUGGAGGCGCCGCUGCUGCUGGGGGUCCGGGCGCAGGCGGCGGGCCAGGGGCCCGGGCCGGGCCAGCAGCCCCCGCCGCCGGCCCCGCAGCAGCAGCAGCAGCAGGGCGGGCAGCAGUACAACGGCGAGCGGGGCAUCUCCAUCCCGGACCACGGCUACUGCCAGCCCAUCUCCAUCCCGCUGUGCACGGACAUCGCCUACAACCAGACCAUCAUGCCCAACCUGCUGGGCCACACGAACCAGGAGGACGCGGGCCUCGAGGUGCACCAGUUCUACCCGCUGGUCAAAGUGCAGUGCUCCGCCGAGCUCAAGUUCUUCCUGUGCUCCAUGUACGCGCCCGUGUGCACGGUGCUGGAGCAGGCGCUGCCGCCCUGCCGCUCCCUGUGCGAGCGCGCGCGCCAGGGCUGCGAGGCGCUCAUGAACAAGUUCGGCUUCCAGUGGCCCGACACGCUCAAGUGCGAGAAGUUCCCGGUGCACGGCGCGGGCGAGCUGUGCGUGGGCCAGAACACUUCGGACAAGGGCACCCCGACGCCCUCGCUGCUGCCGGAGUUCUGGACCAGCAACCCCCAGCACGGCGGCGGGGGCCGCGGCGGCGGCGGCUCGGGGGGCGCUGGCGGGCCGGAGCGAGGCAAGUUCUCCUGCCCGCGCGCCCUCAAGGUGCCCUCCUACCUCAACUACCACUUCCUGGGGGAAAAGGACUGCGGCGCGCCCUGCGAGCCCACGAAGGUGUACGGGCUCAUGUACUUUGGGCCCGAGGAACUGCGCUUCUCGCGCACCUGGAUCGGCAUCUGGUCGGUGCUGUGCUGCGCCUCCACGCUCUUCACCGUGCUCACCUACCUGGUGGACAUGCGGCGCUUCAGCUACCCGGAGCGGCCCAUCAUCUUCCUGUCGGGCUGCUACACCGCGGUGGCCGUGGCCUACAUCGCCGGCUUCCUGCUGGAGGACCGGGUGGUGUGUAACGACAAGUUCUCCGAGGACGGGGCGCGCACCGUGGCGCAGGGCACCAAGAAGGAGGGAUGUACCAUCCUCUUCAUGAUGCUCUACUUCUUCAGCAUGGCCAGCUCCAUCUGGUGGGUGAUCCUGUCGCUCACCUGGUUCCUGGCGGCCGGCAUGAAGUGGGGUCACGAAGCCAUCGAGGCCAACUCGCAGUAUUUCCACCUGGCUGCCUGGGCCGUGCCGGCCAUCAAGACCAUCACCAUCCUGGCGCUGGGCCAGGUGGAUGGCGACGUGCUGAGCGGGGUGUGCUUCGUGGGGCUCAACAACGUGGACGCACUGCGCGGCUUCGUGCUGGCUCCCCUUUUCGUGUACCUGUUCAUCGGAACAUCUUUCUUGCUGGCCGGCUUUGUGUCACUCUUCCGCAUUCGCACUAUUAUGAAGCACGAUGGCACCAAGACCGAGAAGCUAGAGAAGCUCAUGGUGCGCAUCGGUGUCUUCAGCGUGCUGUACACGGUGCCAGCCACCAUCGUCAUCGCCUGCUACUUCUAUGAGCAGGCCUUCCGGGACCAGUGGGAGCGCAGCUGGGUGGCCCAGAGCUGCAAAAGCUACGCGAUCCCCUGUCCCCAUCUCCAGGCCGGUGGGGGCACCCCGCCGCACCCUCCCAUGAGCCCCGACUUCACAGUCUUCAUGAUCAAGUACCUUAUGACGCUGAUCGUGGGGAUCACGUCAGGCUUCUGGAUCUGGUCCGGCAAGACUCUUAACUCCUGGAGGAAGUUCUACACCAGGCUCACCAACAGCAAACAGGGGGAGACCACCGUCUGAGCCCCCCCGGGUCUCAGCCCAUUCCCUACCUUCAGCCCGGCCCAGAUACCCUUCCCCCCCCACCUCACCCCCACCC